GAGGAGAGACAGAGAAGCAGCAGCAGCAGCGUGCAGGGCUCAGAAUGCAGACUGCUGGUCACUGACGUUGCUGUUGGACUCUACACGCACAGACACACACACAUGCACAGACACACACACUUCUGAGGAGUGUAUGAGACAUGCACAGGCUGCUGCCCAUGGACACACACACACUGGCAGGGCACCAGAGAGGAAAUACAGCAAACCCCGGAGCUUGAAGAGCUAUGGAGAGCAGCAUGUUCUUUGGUAACACAUGUCAAAAUGGCCUGAUGCCCGCCCUGGUGCGUCCAACCCUGCCUGCUGUCCAGACCUCACUGGGCAUCAAGCAGUUCCUCCCAAUUCCAUUGGAUACGGCCUCAGCGGUCAGCCUCUUCCCAGGAUUCAAUGCGAUGGACCCGGUGCAGAAAGCUAUCCUCCAUCACACCCUCGGCCUCCCUCCCACAGCCAAGAGGAAGCAUGUGUCCUGCAGCGUCUGCCGGCUCAGGUUCAACUCACAGAGCCAGGCCUUGGCCCACUACAAGGGCACCAAACACGCCAAGAAGCUAAAAUCCCUAGAAACCCCGAAGAGUAAGCUUAAAGGCUCAGCGGUCACCAAGGAAACCGCCAACCAGGAGAUGGCCAAGGGCAUCAACACCUCUCAGAUCCCCAACGGCACCAACGGUAAAGGAGCAGCUGUAGCUUCUGUGCCUGGCCCGAUUAAUCCCAUCGUCACCCCGGCUGCAUCAUCACCCGGACCUUUGUGUCCUCUGAGAGCUCCAUGUGCCGCAGCGACCUCGGAGUCGGACGCAGCCUCCGGAGGAGAUGAGAUGCCGUCAAAGCUCAGCUCAUCCUCAGACACGGACCCGGACCAGGAGGUCGAACCUGAGACUGAGACAGACGCGGAGACGGAGGAGGAGAAAGCUCGGCGCCUUCUGUACUGCUCGCUCUGCAAAGUGGCGGUCAACUCGGCGUCUCAGCUGGAAGCUCACAACAGUGGCACCAAGCACAAGACGAUGCUGGAGGCUCGGAGUGGCGUGGGCGCCAUCAAGUCUUUUCCUCGUCCGGGAGUCAAAGGCAAAUUGGCCUCAACCUCCAAAUCAUCAACAGGCCUGCAGAACAAAACCUUUUACUGUGAGACGUGCGACGUGCACGUCAAUUCAGAGACACAGCUAAAACAGCACAUCAGCAGUCGGCGUCACAAAGACCGAGCAGCAGGGAAACCAGCCAAACCCAAAUACAGCCCCUACAGCAAGCCACAGAAGGGCCAGACCAAGCUGCCGAUAAAACUGAUUUUGAGGAAGGAUCGUCCCUGUCAGCCUCUAGCCACUCAGAUCCUACCUGCUCACCUGGCGGCCGUGGCUGCAGCCGCCAUCGGGAACUCGUUCACGCACCGUACAAGCCACGCCGCCAACCCGCCACCCAACCCCAGCCUUUUCCAGACUCACACCCUCCCUGCUGCUUUGCUACGCCCGGCCCCAGGGCCAGUCAGGACCUCUCAUCCACAAGUCCUCUUUGCUCCUUAUUGAGCAGUUUGAGCCGGGCGGAGCUUCUCCACCUCCUGCACAGAACCAUGUGGUGCACCCCAACCGGACCAAGGAGUCACUUCAGCGCCCUUCUAUGCAUAUGGGAUACUGACCAUCUUCAUGCCAUGCCUGAAACUUCAACAUUCUCUCUCCUUCAAUGGAUUAUCCACUGGAAGCAGUGGGGCCACCUCAUGCUUUAUUCCUCAGAUCCUGACUGGACAUGUUUUUGGUGCCACCCUGCAGCCCACGGCUCAGACCUACCGCAAUAAUGUAAAAGACUAACCCAGUGAGCUAUGCAGUGUAAUUAUAUCAUGAAUCAAAGAUGAGUCUGAGCUGAAAACAUGGUGGGGAUGUGCUUUUUGUAAAGCUUUUGUGGAGGAUUGUUGUCAGUCAUUAUUUAAAAAAAAGGUUGUUACUGGUAAUGAGAGCUGGCGAAGCCCUCCUCUGUUCCUGUAUGCACUUUAAGAUCUUUCUCUGAUGUCUACAUUAGGUGGCUAGACUGUGUUAAAUGGUUAUUACGUGUCGUGAUGUGUACUUUUGUCUCAGUAUAUCUGUGUGUGUGUGUGUGUGUGUGUGUGUGUGUGUGUGUGUGUGUGUGUGUGUGUGUGUGUGUGUGUGUGUGUGUGUGUGUGUGUGUGUUUGAUAUUUCGAACCAUCAUAAGCCAUUCCAGUUCUUCAGCACCAGUUGUCGCUGACUUGUCUUGAGCCGGAGGGAUCACACAGGCUUGUCGUGUUAAAUGUCAGUGUGUAAAAGGUGAACAGUUUCCAAUAAAAGACACCUAAUUUGUUA